UAAUUUCUCUGUAGCUUACAGGUGUGUCUAUAUUACUUUUUAAAAUUUAUCAUUACGAUAGUGCUAUCUUAUCAGAUUGUUAUUUGUCCGGUCAUUGUAUUUGUUAUUUAUCCCUUUCUCCAUUGGACUUUGUCUCGUUUAAAAUGGAUCAGCUGCGUUUUGAUGGUCGCGUAGCGGUGGUAACUGGGGCUGGCGGAGGAUUAGGCAAAGCCUAUGCUCUCUUGCUGGGGUCAAGAGGCGCUAAAGUAGUUGUCAACGAUUUGGGCAGUGCAAGAGACGGUGCUGGCAAAUCAAACUUCGCUGAUGCUGUUGUCAAAGAAAUUAAAGACAAAGGUGGCGAGGCUGUUGCCGACUACAACUCCGUGGUAGAAGGCGAGAAGAUUAUCAAAACAGCUCUCGAUAAUUAUGGCCGCAUCGACAUUCUCAUCAACAAUGCUGGCAUUCUUCGUGACAAGAGCUUCCAAAAAAUGUCUGAUCAGGAUUGGGACCUUAUCCAAGCAGUUCAUCUUAAAGGCGCCUUCAAAACGACCCAGGCGGCAUGGGAAUCCUUCAAAAAACAGAAUUUCGGUCGCGUCAUCAUGACUUCCAGUAAUGCCGGCAUUUUCGGCAACUUUGGUCAAGCUAAUUACAGUGCUGCCAAACUGGGUUUGGUCGGUUUGGCGAACACUCUCUCGAUAGAGGGCGCUAAAUACAACAUCAAGGUGAACACGAUCGUGCCGACGGCUGCGUCCCGCCUCACUGAGGACAUCCUGCCCCCGGACAUGUUUGAAGCUAUGAAGCCGGAGCUUAUUGCUCCUGUUGUUGCAUACAUGGUCCACGAAUCUUUUGAAGCGUCAGGUGAGGUGAUCGAUUCAACUCUUGGAUAUGCAACCAAGACACACUUCAUCCGUUCUAAUGGGACUCCACUCAAACAGAAGCCAUCGGACCCGGUGACGAUAGAAUCCGUUCGCGAGUUUUGGCCUAAAGUGGUAGACAUGAAGGAAGGCAGACACAUUGACAGAAUAGCGGAGGUCACCGUCGAUUUGGUUGAAAAGCUACAGGAGUUUGAAGAGCGCAGCAAGCUGGACGCCAAUGGUCGUGAGUCGUACUGGAGCAAGUACAGUUACAACGCAAAGGAUCUUGCUCUAUACGCUUUGGGAGUGGGCGCAUCAGUAGUGAACCCCAGUGACCUUAAGUUCCUCUACGAGAGUGACGAACAGUUUGUGGCUCUGCCUACCUUCUUCAUUCUCGCGGGAAUGUGCAUGGAGGCCCCAGUCGUACCUAAAGCCAUGCCGCCGGGAAAACAUGCAGAUUUUACUAAUAUUCUCCACGGAGAGCAGUACAUAGAGUUCGUGGAAGGGUUCCCCGGAACUGAAGGUGCCUUCGAGACCCGCACUUACGUCGUGGACAUUUUAGAUAAAGGGUCCAGCGCAGUGGCCAUCGUUAAUAGCGAAAUCUACCAGGACAAGACACUGAUAUACAAGACACAACAGCACAUUUUCGUCGUGGGCCAGGGUGGGUUCGGCGGCCCCCGUGUCUCCAAGAAAGCGGUGGAUGUCCAGCCUGUUCCAAAGAGGGCGCCUGAUGCUACCGUGGAGCAAAAAACUUCCCAAGAUCAGGCGGCUUUAUACAGGUUGUCCGGAGAUUUGAACCCACUACACAUCGACCCGAACGUGGCUAAGAUCAGCGGCUACGAGCGACCCAUCUUACACGGACUGUCUUCACUAGGGUUUGCGGCGCGACAUGUGUUAGCUAAAUUCGGCAACAACGACCCCCUGAACGUGAAAGCGCUUAAGGCUCGCUUCGCGAAGCCAGUGCUGCCAGGUCAGACCCUGGUCACAGAAAUGUGGGCUGACGGCAAACGUGUCCACUUCCAGACGAAGGUCAAGGAGAAUGGCACAGUUGUUAUUGCAGGCGCAUACAUGGAUUUCAAGAACAAUGUUGGCGGGACUGGCGCGACUCCUGCGCUUGCGUCGUCGUCGCUAAAGAGUGACGCUCUCUUCGCGAAGAUCAUAGAGGAAGUGUCGAAGAACCCGGCUAAGGCAAAGAGUGUGAACGGAGUGUUCUUAUACAAUAUCACGGAGAAUGGAAAGACUGUCAAGAAAUGGACUUUGGACCUCAAAAGUGGCGAUGUCUAUGAGGGUGAACCAAAGAGUGGCAAAGCUGAUACCACAAUGACCGUGUCAGAUGCAGACUUGAUUGACAUAGCAGCAGGCACAACCAACCCACAGGUGGCCUUCAUGAAAGGCAAACUGAAGAUCUCUGGAAACAUCAUGCUGGCACAGAAACUCGGACCCCUACUCAAGUCUGAGGCUAAACUAUAAAGAACUGAUACUUUUAAUGGGUAUAAAUGUCUUUAUUAUGGUGCAAUGGAUAAGUGUAUGUCCUAAAAUAUUAUGAGGGUGUUUGCGAAUACUUAUUGGGGCAAUGUGUUAUUAUUAUUUUUAUUUUAUAAGAAUUAUAUUGAACUGUUAAUUCCAUUAGUUUUAAGUAAAUGUAUAUUUUUACAUAGGUGAAGGAAUAUACAAGUUUUAUACAAA